AUGCGGACAUCAUCACUAUGGACGACGCUGCUGCUUGGCCCGACAGCCACCGUCGCUCACGCCACCAGCAGCAACGACAGCGUCACCGACAAAGUCUGCCUUUCGACCAAGCCCUCCAACUCCGGAUCAUCCUCUUGCGACGGCUACCUCAUCGCCAAAGCAGGAGAGACGACCGAAAUUCUCACCUCGCGCGAUGACUCUUCCGUCGUCCACCAUGCAGCCUCCAGCUUUGCAGCCGACUUGAUGCAGAUGGUGCCAUCCUCGAACGUCGUUGUCAGGAACGUCACUGCUGCAUCGAUGAAGAUGCAAGGUCAGAAGAAGGAAAGAGUGGUCAUCGUUGGCAGUGUUGACGGCUCGAGUGUCAUGCGUGAGCUCGUCUCGAUGGAUCAGGGCGUCGCGAAAGAAGCAGACAAGAUCAAGGGUCAGUGGGAGUCGUGGUCCUCGGCAACGCUCGAGUCCGGCUCUGGACUGGUGCUAAUGGGCUCCGACAAGAGAGGAACCGCAUACGCACUGUACACGCUGAGCGACGAGAUGGGCAUCAGCCCCUGGAAGUGGUUCGCCGACGUCCAGCCUACUCAGUCUCACUCGGCCGUCUACUACUCCCCCUCCUCAUCCUCGGCAUCGUUCGGCUCCAACGCGUGCUCUCACGGUCCACCGCUCGUCAAAUACCGCGGCAUCUUUCUCAACGACGAGGCUCCCGCACUCACCAACUGGGCGCGCACGCACUUCGAAGGCCCCUUCCCACCCGAAUCCGCACCCCAGUCGUUCAACGAUGCCAUGUACACCCAUGUCUUCGAGCUGCUCCUUCGACUCAAAGCCAACCUGAUCUGGCCAGCGAUGUGGUCCGAUUCGUUCGCUGUAGCCGGUCUACCGGAUCUACCCGGUCACGGUGUCAAUGGCACCGGCGCUGCCGGUCCGAACCAGCUCCUUGCCGACCGCAUGGGCAUCGUUUUCGGUACAUCGCAUCAGGAACCUAUGGGACGCAACACGCCCGAGUGGAACACCUGGUACCAAGGUCCCUGGGACUACACUACGAACGAAAAGAACAUCACCACCUACUGGCAAUACGGCGUGGAGCGCGCGCAGGGCUUGGAUACCAUGUUCACCAUGAGCAUGCGCGGUAACGGCGACAAGGCGUUGGAAGGGGCGAACAUCGAGCUGCUCCAAAACAUCAUGGCAAAGCAGAAGAGCUUGUUGCCGCACGGCGACGCGGGAAAUUCGAGCAAGGUGACGGUACCCAUGAUGAUGUGCCUAUACACCGAGGUGCAGGGGUACUACAAUGAAGGGUUGCAGGUGCCGGAUGAUAUCACGCUGCUCUGGACCGAUGAUAACUUUGGGUUCAUUCGCAGGAUUCCCACGGAGGCGGAGAAGAAGGGUCGUUCUGGUGGCGCAGGUCUCUACUACCAUGCAGACUACGUCGGUCCCCCACGCUCCUACAAAUGGCUCAACACGGUCAACCUCCUCAACGCGUGGGAGCAGCUCAACGUCGCCUUCCUCAACGACCAGACUGAGAUCUUCAUCCUCAACGUCGGCGACCUCAAGCCUGUCGAGGUUCCGAUCCAUUUCAUGCUCGACAUGGCGUACGACAACACGGCCUUGACCCAUCCCACCAACGUGACCACCUGGCUCGACAGCUGGGCGACCAAGACGUUCGGCGCUCAACCUUCUCGCAAAGUGGCCGAGGUGGUGAGAGGCUAUUCCUGGUUGAACUCGCGCAUCAAGCCCGAGCUUCUCAACUCGACCACCUGGAGCGUGACGCAGCACUCCGAGGCGGAAUCCGUCCUCUCUCGAUGGAACGAGCUGGUCUCCAUCGUCCAAAACGAACUCACACCCUACUUCAAGGGCACCCCCAACUGGGACGCAUUCUAUCAACUGGUCGCCUACCCCACCCUCGCCUCUGCCAACCUGAAUCGCCUACACAUCGCCGUCGGCCGCAACAACCUUGCUGGCACCCAAGCCAAGAAUUCCGCCAACCACUACGCCGUGCUCGCCCGACGACUCUUUGCGCACGAUGCGGAGCUUGCCGCCUCCUACCACGCCCUCGGCGAUGGUAAGUGGAACCACAUGAUGUCCCAACCGCACAUUGGGAGCCAAUACUGGCAGCAGCCGAUGCGGAAUAUGCUUCCCCCUCUCGCGUAUGUCGAUGUCGCCGGGCAAUCCUGGCCAAACACGGCCAUGGCGGGUAACAUCAGGGUCAGUGUCGACGGCAGCAUGGGCGCGUGGCCGGGCGAUAACCAGUACAACUGCGCCGAUGGGUACAAUUGUCCCGAUCCGAGUCUUCGGCCGCUAGGCAGGUACGAUGGGGAUCAGAAACGAAGGGUUUGGGUGAGUGCUGGUGAUGAUGGUGCAUUUGCCUUCAGCGCUACGACCAACGUAUCCUGGUUGUCUGUCACCCAUCGUCUUGCCACAAGCAGCGGAAAUAGCAGCAGUGACAUGGAGACGGCGACGAUGCUGGACGGUCGAUUCUUCACCAAGCGCGCCGAUGGUUUUGAAGCCGGCGGCAACUUUGAUGACGAUGUGGAGCUGUCGUUGCACGUCGACUGGUCGCACUUUGACUCGGUCUCCUGCGCGGAUCCCCACGAGAUGGUCGCGGGGAUGGUGUACAUCAACAGCACUAGCGGUAGCGGCUACGUCGGCAUGUCAUCUCCAUCGAACGUCACCGUCAUCCUCGCCGUCGACCCAUGCACGCUCUCGCCGAGUGCCAGCAUGCCAAAUGGCACAUUCGUUGCUUCACCGGCGGACGGUAGCGUAUCGAUGCUGGCCAGCAACGCCAUCAUCGAGUCCUCCCGCACCAACUCCACACCUGCCUACCUUGAGCCGCUCGAUGGCUAUGGUCUGCUGGGAUCGGCAAUUACCGUCCUCCCCCCCACUUCCGAAUCCAUCCCGCUUGGCGACGGUCCGAGUCUUUCGUUUGACUUUUUCCACCCCAACACCACUGCUCAGAGCUUCAACAUCACCCUCUGGCUCAGCCCCGUUCUCAACUAUCGAGACAAACGACCCCUGCGCUACGUGCUCGAGCUGGACAAUGACCCUUCUUCGCGCUCCAUGGUUACGCCUGUGCCAGAGAACAUCACGCCCGGCACCAACAGCGCCGAUUGGGGCAACGUCGUCAGCGCCAACAUCCGACGGGUGACAACGCAGUUGAGCGUGAAUGGGACGGUGGAGUCAGGAAAAAGGACGGUAAGAUGGUGGCCAUUGGAACCUGGGUUGGUGCUGGAAAAGGUGGUUGUGGAGCCCCUAGAGGGUUCGAGUGCCGCGACGACACUUGGUAUGCCCGAAAGCGGACGAGUGGGGAUGCUAUGA